GUGUCCAGCUAUCGGGGCUGUCGGUACGAAAAUCACUCAGCAGGAAACUGGAAAACUCCCACGCCACACUUUUUGCCAUUCGACAAAGGUGCUAAUUAAGUUUUAUAAUUAAACCGUCAGUCCAUCACCGGAAAGACUGCAACUUAAAAGCAUAAUUGCCGUAGUUGGUGUUUCAUUCAUUUUGUUUUCCAAGGAGAGUUGAGAGUCGCGAGUCCUUGCUAUCGCCCUUGUAGUGCUUCCUCUCGGGCGUAUCUGUAAGGAUCGAGAGUGAAACAUAUGGCCACUAGCCUUAAAUGCGGUUAAACUCAGUGCAAAAAUUUUCGGAAAAUUCCUGCUGCUGUCGCAGUUGUGCCUGUUCCGUGUGCUCAGUCUUAGUUUUGGCGGAAAUCAAAAUCAAGUUCAAGUUUUUCAAAUUUAAAGUCGACUGAAGAUGUAAGUGCAUCGUCCUAAUUCGCCGCCAGAAGCUUAAACAAGGAAUCUACAGUGCAAGACAAAUCGAAGAAGGAGCGAAAACAACAAAGGAUUUCAAUAAAAAGUCGCACUUCGCGGCCCUUUACGAUUACAGCAGCGGCCACAGACCGAGCGGAGCGUCAGGUAAGCGGUUCCAGACUGGAGAUGCCCAAGCUGUGGAACGGAUCCUACGGCAGCCAGUGCGGCUCCCUGCCGUCCCCGGACCAACACCUGAUGGAGUCCCAGCCCAAGUUUCUGCCCAAGCAGCGCAGCAGCAGCAGCGGCAAUGGCAGCGUCAAUGGCAGCGGGAGCAACAGUCGCAAUAGCAAGUAUGGUUUAAUCUCUUUGAUAAUCGAGCGCAGUACGGGUCUCAAGCGUAUGGAAAUCGAUGGCGAUGAUGUGGACACACCGCUGGAGGCCAUCCUGCCGGCCGAACCGCCGGCGGAACAGGUCUGUCUAUUGCGUGACAGCCCCUUCAGGAUAUUGCGGGCCGCCGAGUCCGGAAACCUGGACGACUUCAAGCGCUUGUUCAUGGCGGACAAUACACGGAUCUCUCUAAAGGACGGAAAAGGACGAACGGCUGCCCAUCAGGCGGCGGCUCGUAAUCGGGUUAACAUUUUGCGCUAUAUUCGCGACCAGCACGGCGACUUUAAUGCCAAGGAUAAUGCCGGAAACACCCCGCUCCACAUUGCGGUGGAAAGCGAUGCCUACGAGGCCCUCGACUACCUACUGUCCAUUCCAGUGGAUACGGGAGUCCUCAACGAAAAGAAACAGGCACCCGUGCACCUGGCCACCGAGCUCAACAAGGUGAAGAGUCUCCGGGUGAUGGGUCAGUACCGGAACGUCAUCGAUAUACAGCAGGGCGGGGAACACGGCCGGACGGCUCUCCAUUUGGCGGCGAUUUACGAUCAUGAAGAGUGCGCUCGCAUCCUGAUAACCGAGUUCGAUGCAUGUCCUCGUAAGCCUUGUAACAACGGUUAUUAUCCCAUACACGAAGCGGCUAAGAAUGCCAGCUCCAAGACAAUGGAGGUCUUCUUCCAGUGGGGCGAGCAGCGUGGAUGCACCCGCGAGGAGAUGAUAUCCUUCUACGACUCCGAGGGCAAUGUGCCGCUGCACUCGGCGGUGCACGGCGGCGACAUCAAGGCUGUGGAGCUGUGCCUCAAGUCCGGCGCCAAGAUAUCCACUCAGCAACACGAUCUCUCCACGCCAGUGCACCUGGCCUGUGCCCAGGGGGCCAUCGAAAUUGUCAAGUUAAUGUUUGAAAUGCAGCCCUUGGAGAAACGCAUCUGUUUGAGCUGCACGGAUGUGCAGAAGAUGACGCCGCUGCACUGCGCCUCCAUGUUCGACCAUCCGGACAUAGUGUCCUACUUGGUGGCCGAGGGGGCCGAUAUAAAUGCUUUGGACAAGGAGCAUCGAUCUCCUCUGCUUCUGGCCGCAUCCCGAAGUGGCUGGAAAACAGUUCACUUGCUCAUCCGGCUGGGAGCCUGUAUCAGCGUGAAGGAUGCCGCUGCCCGUAAUGUCCUACACUUUGUUAUUAUGAAUGGCGGGCGGCUCACAGAUUUCGCCGAGCAGGUGGCCAAUUGUCAGACCCACGCCCAGCUGCAGUUGCUCCUCAACGAGAAGGACAGCAUGGGCUGUUCCCCGCUGCACUAUGCCAGUCGGGACGGUCAUAUACGAUCUCUCGAGAAUCUCAUCCGCCUGGGGGCUUGCAUUAAUCUCAAGAACAACAAUAACGAGAGCCCCUUGCACUUUGCCGCUCGCUUCGGAAGGUACAACACUGUCCGCCAGUUACUAGACUCCGAGAAGGGAUCCUUUAUCAUAAACGAAAGCGAUGGAGCUGGAAUGACGCCACUGCACAUUGCCUCUCAACAGGGUCAUACCCGAGUGGUGCAGUUGCUUCUCAACCGCGGAGCCUUGCUCCACCGAGAUCAUACUGGUCGGAAUCCUCUCCAGCUGGCCGCCAUGUCGGGCUAUACCGAGACCAUAGAGCUCUUGCACUCGGUGCACUCACAUCUUCUGGAUCAGGUGGACAAGGAUGGGAACACCGCUCUCCACUUGGCCACCAUGGAGAACAAGCCGCAUGCCAUCUCCGUCUUAAUGUCCAUGGGCUGCAAGUUGGUCUACAAUGUCCUGGACAUGAGUGCCAUCGACUAUGCCAUCUACUACAAGUACCCGGAGGCCGCCCUGGCCAUGGUGACGCACGAGGAGAGGGCCAAUGAGGUGAUGGCCCUGCGCUCGGAUAAGCAUCCUUGUGUUACCCUAGCUCUAAUCGCAUCCAUGCCGAAGGUCUUCGAGGCCGUUCAGGACAAGUGCAUCACUAAGGCCAACUGCAAGAAGGAUUCGAAGAGUUUCUACAUCAAGUAUUCGUUUUGGCCAUAUCAAAAGACACCCGAACAAAUCGAGGAAAAACGCAUAGAGUUCAAUGACCCCAAGUGGCGACCUGCGCCCCUGGCCGUGGUGAACACUAUGGUAACCCAUGGCCGGGUGGAGCUGCUGGCCCAUCCUCUCAGCCAGAAGUAUCUACAGAUGAAGUGGAACUCCUACGGCAAAUACUUUCAUCUGGCCAACCUGCUGAUCUACUCAAUAUUCCUGGUUUUCGUGACCAUCUACUCCUCGCUGAUGAUGAACCAUAUCGAGCUAAGGGCCGGAUCCAACAGUACAAUGACUCGCUACUGCAAUAUGGGUUGGGAUGAGCUGACCCGGAAUCUCUCCCAAAAUCCCUCGGUGGCUUCUCAAAUUCGAUUGGAUUCCUGCGAGGAGCGCAUCAAACGCACCACUUGCAUCCUGUUUUGUGCCGUGGUCAUUGUCGUCUAUAUCCUGCUCAACUCUAUGAGAGAAAUCUUGCAGAUCUAUCAACAAAAGCUACACUAUAUCCUUGAGACGGUCAAUUUGAUAUCCUGGGUCCUGUACAUCUCGGCUUUGGUGAUGGUUGCUCCUGCUUUUCAGCCGGAUGGAGCCAUCAAUACCAUUCAUUAUUCGGCAGCUUCGAUAGCUGUAUUUCUGUCCUGGUUCCGACUCUUGUUAUUCCUUCAGCGUUUCGACCAGGUGGGCAUCUACGUGGUCAUGUUCCUGGAAAUCCUGCAGACGUUGAUCAAGGUGCUGAUGGUAUUCUCCAUACUGAUUAUUGCCUUUGGCCUGGCUUUCUAUAUACUGCUUUCAAAGAUCAUUGACCCCCAGCCGAAUCACUUGUCCUUCUCAAAUAUACCCAUGUCCUUGCUGCGAACUUUCUCCAUGAUGUUGGGCGAACUGGACUUUGUGGGAACUUAUGUCAACACCUAUUAUCGCGAUCAGUUGAAGGUGCCCAUGACCUCCUUCUUGAUUUUAAGUGUGUUUAUGAUCCUCAUGCCCAUUCUCCUGAUGAACUUGCUCAUCGGUUUGGCCGUUGGCGAUAUCGAAUCUGUUCGCCGCAAUGCCCAGCUCAAGAGGCUGGCCAUGCAAGUGGUCCUCCACACUGAGCUGGAGAGGAAGCUGCCCCAUGUCUGGUUGCAGAGAGUGGACAAGAUGGAGCUCAUCGAGUACCCCAAUGAGACAAAGUGCAAGCUCGGCUUUUGUGACUUCAUACUGCGGAAGUGGUUCUCGAAUCCUUUUACCGAUGAUUCCUCCAUGGACGCCAUAUCCUUUGACAACAACGACGACUAUAUCAACGCAGAGCUGGAGCGGCAAAGGCGCAAGUUGCGCGACAUCAGUCGCAUGCUGGAGCAGCAGCACCAGCUGGUCCGGCUCAUUGUCCAGAAGAUGGAGAUCAAAACGGAGGCCGACGAUGUGGACGAGGGCAUAUCCCCCAACGAACUAAGAUCCGUGGUGGGUCUGGGAUCCGCAGGUGGUAAUCGAUGGAAUUCGCCACGAAUCCGUAACAAACUACGGGCCGCUUUGAGUUUCAACAAGAGCAUGUAGAUCCUGUAGAAGGAUCCUGGUUUAUAACCCAAAAUCUGUAGCAAAAUGUUUCGUAAUUGAAUCUAUCUAUAUGUGUGUGCAACAAUAUAUAUUGUCCCUUUAGGUGUGUGCGUGUGCGUGCGAGGUCCUGAAAGGAAUGUACAACGAAUUUAUAGGCAAGGACAUGGAGCAUUUUUUUUGACGGAAUUCACCAGAUCUAUUAGUAGUUUCUAAAACCACCUAUUUAAUGAUUUGCUGUAUUUUCAAAUAUCUCUACAAAUAAAACGCGUUUAUCUAGACAAGAUAUCCG